AUGUGGGCCACGUUGGCCCUCGCCGCGCGCGCGGAAGCCCGCGAAAAGGAGGAGAAUGCAGAGGCUCCCUUCCAGGUCACCAGUACCAGCCGGGCCCCGGCGAACGCCGUGGACCUCCUUCAGAUGGCGCUAUUCCGCUCUUCGUCGGCAUCGACGUUGUCCAAGGCCAUCACGACACCGAUCGUGACGCUCAUCGCCCUUCUGUCCGCGACGAAGGCGAUAGAACUGGGCAUCCAGCUGCUCGGGCUGGCCGUGGGCAAGGGCGCCAGGAGCGCGGCGGCCAGGCCCACGAUUGCGAUGGACGUGGCGAACGCGAUCGUUUCGGGGCUCGCGACGGCCCACUCGGUGCUCGUCGUCGCCACGAACGUCUCGGUCAUCGGCCUGAUCGCCUGGGCCGUCCUGCGGUGGAAGAACACGGUCAUGCUGGAGGUAGAGCAAGCCAUGAAUUAUGCCGACGACGGCGGACCCGUCGUGGCGUUCGGCUCGCUCCUCGUCGGCCUCAGCGGCCUGGUCUCGUGGCUGGUCGUCGGCUCGGCCGUGCUCGGGUCGCUCAGCGUCAUGAACGUCGACAUCCGGCCGCUGCUGGCCCUGGGGGGUGUGUCAGGUUUGGUGGCUGGUUUCGCGGCGCAGUCCGUGCUCGUCAACACGCUCGCGGGUGUGCAGAUCUUCCUCACGCGGCCGUUCGCCGUCGGCGAGCGCCUGGAGCUGCGCACGGGCGGCGGCGGGAAGGUGGUGUCCGGCGUCGUGGUGAGCAUCGAACCGACGAGGACGAUCAUCCGCGGCGAUGACGGCUUCCCGAUCUCCAUGAGCAAUCGAGCAUUCAACGACAUGCUCGUCAUCAACCACUCUCGGGCGAUGAAUUCGUGGGGGCCCCUGGGCCCGCCGCCGCGCCCGUUGCAGCUCGUCAUUCCGAUUCGUAUCACGGACGCCGAGCACGCCGAGAAGAUCGGGCACGACAUGCGCGAGGCCCUGCGGCGCAACCCGCUCGUCGACCACCGCCAAAAGGUCACUGCGUCCUACUCCGGGUUCACUGACUUCGGCAAGUGCCAUUUCACGCUGCGGUGCGUCAGCACGCGGCUCGGGGCGGUGAGGUACCAGCAGCUCAAGGACUCGGUGCUCAACUCGUUUGUCGAGGCGUGCAAGAAGUACGACGCCACCCUCGCGUGA